AACUAUUGCACACUUGGUUGUUUUUUUUUCCAAUGGCAACUUAACAGAGUCGGAUGCUGAAUUACCUUUUCUUUUGUGGGUGAAGUUUUGUUCUUCAAAUGACGCCCAGAAUUAACUUGUUCUCUUUCUCUCCUUUUUCUUAAAAAAGUUAUUCUUUAUCUUCAUUCUAUAAUGUCUUCUGAAACGACACCUAUUGUUGCGCAAACUGAAGAAGAUUUAUUUGGUGCCAGUGAAAGCGAAAUGUCUGACCUUGAGGGUGACCAAGGAUCUGAUGAUGACUAUCAAAAAAACGAUCAAGUGGCAACAGCCUCUUCUCCUUCAACCGAAGAACAACGACAAGAAGAACAUAAUAAUAAUGAACAAAUACCAUCCAUUUCCAGUCUAUCAUCUGUUAGUGUACAACGACUACCCUCCUUUAAACGACGGGAACGCACCAAAGAAGAGGAAGAAAAACUUGAACAACUUCGAGAAGAAUUACGACAAAAGAGGAGAAAUGACGAUGGCAAUGAAGAACAAUCAGAUGCUCCAGUCGAUCCAAAUCAAGCUAUUCGAGAUGAAGUUGCUGAUGUAUUCGCAAAAGCUCUGAAAUCGAGUGGCAAGAAACGAAGAAAGCGAAUGGAUGGGGAUGAUUUGAAGGAUAGUAAAGACGAAGAAUUAUCUAAUUUAUGUGAACGUAUGAAAGUAGCUGCGGAAACUGAUGUAAUCGCCAAUGAACAACAAAAACCUGCUGUUGCCAAAUUGAAAAUGCUUGAUGAAGCAAUGAUAACAUUGAACAAUUCAAGUUUAUAUGAUAGUAUUCUGGAUAAUCAAUUAUUGGAUGCUAUUCGUUUAUGGUUGGAACCUUUACCAGAUCGUGCACUUCCCAGUUUAGAAAUUCAGAACGAAAUGUUAGAUAUAUUAGAUAAACUACCUGCAGCUGCUGAACAUUUACGGGAAAGUGGUAUUGGCAAGGUUGUUCUUUUCUAUAAGAAAUCGACUCGUGUGGAAAGUGUAGUGCAACGAAAAGCGGAUCAUUUAGUGGCAAAAUGGACUAGAUUAGUAUUACGAAGAAGUGAAAGCUAUAGGGAACGACCUCAUCAAACUCAAGAAUAUAGCAAGGAAGAAAUGUUACAUAAACGAAAGUUAUUUAGACCUGAAGAUGCAGCAAAGGACAUUGAUGAAACAAGAAUGCAUGUCAGUAUUCCGCUUCCAGUGGCUCCUGAUUAUGAUAUUGUACCUCGAAGUACUGUUCGUGUUGACAAAAGCCGAUCAUCCAAGAAUCAUCCUUUCAAGCGACUUAAGACUAGAAUGCGGUCUCUCACUCAAAAUGCACAACGAAAGAAGAAGGAAGAAUAAGGCGACUUGGACUAGAUUAGAUGUGUGCAGUAAUAUCUUAUUGUUAUUCAAUGUAUAUAUGAUUAUUUUUUUUUUUGUUUUUGUUUUUUUUUUUUUAAGUCAUUCAAUUCAAUAAAUCAUUUAUUUUAUCAAGAGAAAUAUCAUAUGUAAUAUUUGCUACAUUGUCCUUCGUGGUACAGGAUGAGUUUGCGUUCAGGACGGAUAAAAGCUAAGGAUGAACCAUCAUCCUUAUAACUUUAUUA